GUUAUGGUGGUGAAUUAACCAGAGAACCAUUGUGGUUCGAUCAGUAAUCUAAUAUAUCUUUUUCCGACUGAUAUUCCUAUAAAGAUGUCAGUCUCAGUGAAGAUCUGUUUUCUGCUAGUAGUAGCUGCUGCCUGCUACGUAGCUGCUGAUCCUGUACCAGAACCGGAGCCCCAUCAUCAUCAUGGAAAAGAAGUGAUAGUGGUGAAGGAUAAAAGUGAGCAUCACCACCAUCAUCAUCACCACCACCAUCAUAAACACGCUCACGGACAUAAUCAUAAACAUGGUCAUCACCAUAAGCAUGGUCAUGAUCAUCAUCACAAGCAUGGUCAUCAUCAUCACCAUGGUCAUGACCACAAGCACGGUCACCAUCAUGGGCAUCAUCAUGGGCAUCAUCAUGCUCAUCAUCAUGGUCACCAUCAUGGACAUCACCACGGACAUCAUCACCACCAUGGACAUCAUCAUGGACAUCAUCAUGGACACCAUCAUCACCACGGACAUCAUCAUGGCCAUCACCAUGCACAUCAUCAUGGUCAUCAUCAUGGACACCAUCACGGACAUCACCACCACCACGGACAUCACCAUGGACACCACCAUGGACACCACCAUCACCACGGACAUCACCACGGACAUCACCAUGGUCACCAUCAUGCUCACCAUCAUGGACACCAUCAUGGUCAUCAUCAUGGACACCACCAUCAUCACGGACAUCACCACGGACACCACCACGGGCAUCAUCAUCAUCACGGACAUCACCACGGACACCACCAUGGACACCAUCAUCACCACGGACAUCACCACGGUCACCACCAUGGACAUCAUCACGGACACCACCAUGGUCAUCAUCAUGGUCACCACCACGGUCAUCAUCAUGGUCACCAUCAUGGACAUCAUCAUGGUCACCAUCAUGGACAUCAUCAUGGCCAUCAUCAUGGACAUCAUCAUGGUCACCAUCAUGGUCAUCAUCAUGGACACCAUGAUCACCAUCACAGAAGAGCAGACAUCCUGCAGAAAGGUCUUCACGACUUCGAUGGCAUCAUGGGAUUUCACUACCGCCGAUAA